AUGCUCCUCCUCCGUCUCAUCUCCCGUCUCCUCCCUCUCUUUGCCCUCAUCACAUGUUCGCUCGCGGCCGAAGACCUCUACAAAAUCCUUGGGUUGGACAGAUCUUGCUCAGAACGUGACCUCAAAACAGCUUAUCGAAAACUUUCCAAGAAGUAUCAUCCAGACAAGGCCACGGGAGACGAGAAGAAGUUUCUGGAGGUGGCAGAAGCAUAUGAAGCCCUAUCCGAUCCUACGACCCGCAAGAUAUACGAUCAGUACGGUCAUGAAGGGCUAGAGAACCACAAGCGAGGAGGGGGUGGAGGUGGUCACCCUCACGACCCUUUCGACCUUUUCUCCAGAUUUUUCGGUGGCGGAGGCCAUUUUGGUCGUGGAGGUGGCAGUGGCGUGCGGCGAGGGCCUGAUCUAGAAGUCCGAUUGCACGUACCGUUGCGAGACUUCUACACCGGUGGAGAAACGGAGUUUACAAUCGAAAAGCAACAAAUCUGUGAUGAGUGUGAAGGGUCAGGUUCUGCGGACGGCCAAGUCGAGACAUGUCAUAAAUGUAGCGGUCGAGGUAUUGUCAUCCAGAAGCACAUGCUCGCACCGGGAAUAUAUCAACAAGUGCAGAUGGGAUGCGACCAGUGCGGGGGACAGGGCAAGAGCAUCAAACACAAAUGCAAGGUUUGCGGAGGAAACAAGGUCGUCAGAGGUCCCACGACCUUGACUGCUGUGAUCGAGAAGGGAAUGCCCAAGGGUCACAGACUUGUCUUCGAAAGUGAAGCCGAUGAACAUCCCGACCACAUCGCGGGCAACCUCUACGCCUACAUAAUGGAGACAGAGCCAGGCAUCCACGAGAACGAGGCGGAGCGCACUGACGGAGUGUUCUUCCGGCGGAAGGACAACGACCUAUAUUGGAAAGAGGUUCUCUCACUCCGAGAGGCGUGGAUGGGCGAGUGGACUCGCAACAUUACGCACUUGGACGGGCACGUUGUCCCGCUGUCCCGCAAGCGCGGCGAAGUCGUUCAACCCGGCCAGACCGACACGAUCAAGGGCGAAGGCAUGCCCAUUUAUCGAGAGGGACACGUUCACGAACACGAUCAUGAUGCCCCCGAUUUUGGAAAUCUGUAUGUGCAGUAUGUGGUGGUGCUGCCGGAUCAGAUGGAGACAGGGAUGGAAAAGGAGUUUUGGGCCGUGUGGGAGAAAUGGAGGAAGAAGAAAGGCGUGGAUUUGUUGAAGGACAGCGGAAGGCCAGAGCCAAGUGUAUUUGUAAAAGAUGAGCUUUAG